AUGAGUAAGCUCGGCAAGCUGUUCAAGGGCGGCGGCCCCGGGCGCGCCAAGGGGCGCGCGGGCCCCACGCCCCAGGAGGCCUUAGCCCGGCUGCGGGAGACCGAGGAGAUGCUCACCAAGAAGCAGGAGUAUCUGGAGACCAGGAUCCAGAGGGAGCUGGCCGCGGCCAAGCAGCACGGCACCAGGAACAAGCGAGCUGCAUUACAAGCCCUGAAGAGAAAAAAGAGGUAUGAGAAACAGUUGAGCCAAAUUGAUGGGACACUCUCCACUAUUGAGUUCCAGCGGGAAGCGUUGGAAAAUUCCCACACCAACACAGAAGUGUUCAAGAAUAUGGGCUAUGCUGCACAAGCAAUGAAAAAAGUGCAUGAAAAUAUGGACCUAGACAAAAUUGAUUCUUUGAUGGACGAUAUCACUGAACAGCAAGCAGUUGCCCAGGAGAUCUCAGAAGCUAUUUCAAACCGAGUUGGGUUUGGUGAUGAGUUUGAUGAGGAUGAGUUGAUGGCGGAAUUGGAGGAAUUGGAGCAAGAAGAACUGAAUAAGAAAAUGACGGAUGUCAGAUUGCCAAGUGUCCCAUCCACAUCGCUGCCUUCCCGCCCUGCAUCCUCCAGGAAGAAAGUGGAAGAUGAAGAUGAUAUGAAGCAGCUGGCGGCUUGGGCUUCGUAA